AUGUUUAUGUUUUCGUUGUGAAAUGUCAAAUCAUUCUACCAGGACGGAGACCGCAAGAGACUGAUAUCAAUAGAAAAAGAAAACACAAUAUUGAAUAAAUUUUCACCUUAAAUUGUUAAUAUUUUUGAGCGGAAGUGGUGACAAUUUUUCUUCUGGCCAUUUAAGUCGUGUCUAUUGAAGAAUAACAUUCGCAAUGGCUGAUGCUGGGCAAUGGUUUAAGCAACUGCCAAGAUUUACCAGAUAUUGGCUGGCGGGCACAAUAUCGAUGAGUCUUUUGACACGAUUUGGAAUUCUACCCCUGCAACACAUGUAUCUGGCCCGUGACUUGGUCUUGGGCAAAUUACACCUGUGGCGCUGUGCCACCAGCCUGUUUGUCUACCCCUUGACACCAUCAACAGGCUUUCAUUUCUUAAUCAAUUGCUAUUUCAUUACACAGUACAGCGCACGCUUGGAAAAAGACCAGUUUGGUCGUAGCCCGGCUGACUAUUUGUACUUGCAGUUGAUAGUUUCGACCUUAGCCGUGUUGGGUGGUCUUGUUUUUAAUGUAGCUUUUCUAAUGGAUUUACUGGUUGUUGCCGUCACUUACAUUUGGUGUCAGCUGAAUAAAGACGUGAUUGUUAACUUUUGGUUUGGAAGCCGUUUUAAGGCUAUCUACUUGCCUUGGGUGUUGGCGGGUAUGGAACUCAUUUUCCAGGGAUCCAUUGCCUCAUUAAUAGGCAUUUUCAUAGGUCAUUUUUAUUAUUUCCUCAAAUUCCAAUAUCCCCAAGAAUUGGGUGGCAAUGCUUUCCUAGAAACACCAAGCAUACUCAAACAAUAUGUGCCCGAUGUAAGUGGCGGCAUAAGCUAUUUUGGUGUACCACCAGCAACUAGAGCUCAACAAAGACCAGCUGCUGCUGCUGGCGGAGGUGGUGCUUUUCCCAAUGCCUGGGGUCGUGGCAAUACAUUGGGCCAUUAACUGUAUAUAAAAAGAAUCUGUUACAACCUCUGGUACGAGUACUAAACACCAGCAUGCAUACAUACACAUAUAUAUUUUUCUAUAAACUGUUGUAUAUUGUACUGAAUUUGUAAUUUAAUAUUACUAUAUUUACUUUAGUUUCUCCUCUUACUGUGCGAAUAACUUUAUAUAAAUGGCAUUAUGUCUUUAAACUAGCAUUUCCAACAAACAAAGGCCACGAAAAUGAAUGAUGUGAAGGUGUAAUUUGUAUAAAAAUAUAAUUAAAAAAAGUAAAACUAUUUUCAAAUAGGGUUAGGGUUGACCAUAACUCGAGAGCGAGAAAAAUUAGUUUAAUUCAAAUAAAAAUAAAUUAAUUAUAAAACCUA